CUCAGUUAGGGGACCUUUAAUCGAUAAGAGGUGAAAAAACCAACCAUCCCUUGCGGAGCGGAAGGAUGAUUAGGUGACUUGAGAAGAGUCAGAGUCGAUUCUUGGUCUUUUGGUGGUGACAAGAUUCAUGGAAAAGAACGACAACCCAGAUGAGGUUUUCAGUGUAGCUGUCAAUGGUUUAUCAUGUCCUCUUCUUGCUGCGGACUGGAACAAGAAAAGGAAGUUGGAGGAUCUGGAAUUGGCUGUGCCAUUGCCAAAACUCAAAUGCUUAGUUCAAUCCUCUGACAGAUGCAAAAAUGAACGUUGGAACUAUGGACCAGAAAGCGUUGAAUCCGUGGUUGGCAUUCACAAAAAUAACCUUAUGCCCAAAACAAAGGGUUAUAGUCCAAAAGUCGUUUCAUGCAAUUAUACAUCAUCUUCAUGGACUGCAGGGGGAUGUUCCAAAGCGGUGAUAAGAGGUGAAAAAACCAACCAUCCCUUGCGUGGAUACCCCGCCCGUGGCCCAGGCUUACUUGUACUGUGGUUAAUCCAAGCUUAAGUGAGCUCCACUCAUUUUAACUAUUUGGCUUCAAUUUUGGCUAGAACUUGACUCAUUUAAGAGAUAAGUCAAUCUCGAGCUGAGUUUGUUCUUAAUGGAGCUUGGGGUAGGAGAUCUAGAGUUACUAGAUUCAUAAUGGAUUCCUUAAAAAUUGUUAGCA